UUAGGCGCGCGUGUUCUUCUCAUCUACUCCAAGAAUAAAAUUCGAGAUUGCAGAUUUUGCACAAAUCCGAUCCGAUUCCAGCAUUCAGCCUCUCAAUCAACAUUUAUACUUACAUACAUAGUAAUACAGAUGAAGUCAGUAGAGGUCUGUAUGUUGUGGGUGGUGUUAAUGGUGGUGGGGUUGGUGGUGCCGGUGACGCGGGGGAUAUGGUUGGACGUGCCGAGUUCAGGAACAAAAUGCGUGUCGGAGGAUUUGCAUAGCAAAGUCGUCGUUUUGGCUGAUUACUUUGUUAUCGGCGAUGAGCAUCAUAUAAAUAAUAGCAUUGUCCCCACCAUUUCCGUUAAGGUUACUUCACCAUAUGGUAACAACCUUCAUCACCAAGAAAAUGUCACCCAUGGUCAAUUCGCCUUCACGACAACAGAGUCUGGCAACUACUUGGCAUGCUUCUGGAAGGAUAACAGUCAUAAUGGAGGUGGGAAUAUGAACGUUGGUCUUGAGUGGAAAACUGGAAUUGCCACGAAGGAUUGGGAUUCAGUUGCAAAGAAAGAAAAAAUUGAAGGUCUAGAACUUGAGUUACAGAAGCUUGAAGGAGCUGUGGAAGCAAUCCAUGAAAACUUAAUCUAUCUCAAAGACAGGGAAGCGGAGAUGAGGGAAGUGAGUGAGAGAACAAAUGCCAGAGUUGGUUGGUUCAGUAUCAUGUCCCUCGGUGUCUGCAUUGUGGUUUCAAUUUCUCAGUUAUUUUAUUUGAAGCGCUACUUUCAGAAGAAGAAACUAAUCUAGAAUUUAACAGUUCCUUUUUUUUUUGGCCUCAUAAAGAUUCCAAUAACUUCAUAAUUUGAAGAAAAGAAAUUUUCCUUACGUGGUUGUAUGAUCCUGUAUAUUUCAAAAUUUUCUUUCUGACA